GACAACAGACUCAGUCUUGUGCGGUUCACGGCGAGUAGCGUUUGAGUUAGAUUAAUACUUAGCGAAACUUUUUUUUUGUUGUUGGUCGAAGAAAGUGCACUUCAGUUUUCUUCUAUUUGCGCUCGUAAUUGUAAAUCGGUAUUUACGGGAGCCGAACACCGGAUGAGCAUUGAAAGUGUAGACACUUAUUCAGUUCAAAAAGUCACGUUCCAACAUUUCUCUUUUUUGGGCUGAGGCCUUUUUAUUCAAUGCAUUGCUUCGGCCAAGUCACUUAUUUUUGUUUGUUUUGUUAGUGCUGUGCCCAGUAAAGCGUACCAACUGCGUUUCUUCGGGUGUGAUCGUGGAUUUUUUUCCUUUCCUUGCGGAACGAAGCUUGCGUGUUCUGACCGGAAUUAACCAACUUUUGCGUAACGGCGAAACUGUUUCGUUCUACUAAUAUUUUUAAUUUAUAAGCAACGAGUACAGUCAGAUAACGUAUCAAAUCUAUACAUUAUCAAAUUGUCCGGUACGAAUACAAAACAAAACCGCGCGGAUCACCUUAUCAAGUGCCAUUAACGUAUCUGCGAUAAAGUACCUAUAAAUAAGAUCGUUCGAUUGUGUGUUAUCGGUGGUGGUUGAAAUUGAGGUGCAGAUUGAAAUAUUAUUUGCUGAAAUCAUUUCUCGGUAAUUUGUUGGACAAGUGAUAACGGAUAAGGCAUUGUGUCGCCCAGCAGUUCCGAGAGAACGUAUCUACCGAGGCUUUCAUAUUUUGUGCAGUUUCGUUCGGUCAUUUACCUUGCCAUUUGCAUUGACACACCAGCUGGGAGAGCAACCAGGAAAGCAUACCAGCAGCGAUGGCCUCGAAAAUUCCUGGCUUGCAAGAUGACGAAAGAUUUGCAUUGAUGAAGUUUCGAAGACAAGUAGCAGAUAUUCUGAAACCAGAACAUGACGACUAUUAUCUACUGCGAUGGUUACGAGCACGUUCAUGGAACCCGGAGGCGUCCGAGAAGAUGCUGCGUGAUUCGAUGAAGUUUCGCGAGCGCUGGAAUGCCGAUGAAAUCGAUAAGUGGCCCACGCCCCAGAUACUGUGUGACCUAACUCCCCACGGUGUGUGCGGCUUCGAUAAGGAAGGUUCUCCGAUCAUCAUCAUUCCCUUUGCGGGUUUCGACAUUUGGUGACUGCUGCAUACCGUUUCGAGAGCGGACAUUAUUCGCAUGACCCUGCAGGCGUUAGAACGGUACAUGCAACUGGCGUACGAGCAAAGCAAGAAGAUGAACAACCCCAACUGUCGACAGUUUGUGGUGGUGUUCGAUAUGGACCAUUUUAGCCUGAAGCAGUAUGUGUGGCGACCGGCUAGCGAAGUAGUCAUUUCACUGAUUAAAAUGUACGAAGCCAAUUAUCCGGAGAUUCUCAAAUGCUGCUACAUUAUAAAUGCACCGAAGGUUUUCGCAUUCGCGUAUAACAUGGUUAAAAAUUUUCUUGGAGAAUAUACGAUUGAUAAGAUUAAGAUCUACAAAUCCGAUCAGAACAAAUGGCUACCGGCAAUCCUGGAACGGUGUGAUGCUUCCCAGAUCCCAAAGUACUUUGGUGGAACGCUAACCGAUGAGGACGGGAAUCCAAAGUGUGAGAAAAAACUCUGCUGGGGUGGAAAAGUACCAAAGUCUAUGUAUACCUCGAAGGAGGAUAGCUUCAACAACAACCUCACCUUUACUGACACUGAAAUCAAGAAGGGUGGUAAGCUGAAGCUGACGUUCGACUGUGAGGAUGCGGGCUGCUUUUUGAAAUGGGAAUUCCGCACCAUCGAUCACGACAUCAAAUUCGGCAUAAAAUGUGUCAACAAAAAAACUCAGGAAAGCCAAAUCGAAGUGCCAUUGAAACGAGUGGCAUCCCAUCAGGUAGAUGAAUCUGGUUUCAUUACUUGCCAACCAGGUUGCACUUACUCGAUUCUAUUCGAUAAUUCGUACAGCUACUUUAAGAACAAGAAAAUUAAAUAUUCGAUUCUGAUGACUACACCACUUAGCGAAAUCGAACAGACAGCCAGCUCGAUAACCGUUACGGAAGAUGCUGCCGAAGCAACGGAAGACUAAACUGAUCUAUUUCAUCUCUUUGUGUAGUAAUCUAAUAAAAAUCCUACAUAUGUAAAUACUGUCAAAAAUAGUCAUUAAAAUUUAUUCAAAUCAGUUCGGUGCCUUGACUGCACAUGCACUUCACAACAAAUGGUGAUAGAACAUUUAAGGCGAUAAAGGUACUUAGAUUAUGGUCUUGUAUAUGCAGUAGUUUUAUAUUCUAAAAACACGUGCUAAUAGGUCAUAGACAUACAAACUGGAUUAGAUAGGAACGGCUGAGGUUCGACCAAAGAAUUUGGAAUUGUGUAUUCAGCUGCAAUAAUUAUAAACAAUGUGAUGUUAAAUCGGUUUUUUUAGCGAAGCGAAAUAAAUUUUCAUUAAUUUUUAAUUUGUGAAGAAACGGAAUCGGGUGAUCGUUGCCCGUAACAACUAAGCUUCGAAAAGUGUGAUCUUAGGGUAAUAUAUUUAACGAAAACAGGAUAAAA